UAAGAACAUUGGAGUAUAAAUAAACUGACAAAAAAUGCUUUCUCAGUAUCACUAUUAUCGUUUGUACUUAAAUUACUUUCAAUAUGAUAACUUCUUUACCACUGGAAGUGAUAGUUCAAGUUUCCCAUCACAUAGAUCAAUAUGAUGUGGUGAACCUUGCACUAACAUGCCUGGAAAUGAAUAGACUAAUGAUUCCUCAACUUUACAAGACUAUCAAUAUAGAUUCUUCCCCUAAGAACUAUUCCCAAACACUACUUCAUGAACCUAUCAAUCGCACAACAGUGAGAUCUAUUUUUUCAUUGAAAAAGCUCUUCAGAAAUUUGAUAUGCAACCAAUGGUAUUGCAAACAAGUUAAUACUUUCAUCACAUCAACAAAGAUCCCAGAUCUUUCUGAUAUGGAAUUGCAACUGUAUCUCAAUCAAAUAUUGCCACUAUUAGAAAAUCUAACUGUUUUCCGAUGGAGAAGUGAUACUUGUAAAAUUGCAACCCAUCUCCCAAGAAACUAUAAUCUAAAAACUAUAGAUGGGAAUUUUGAUUUUACAAAUUUACCAAAGGUCAUUGAUACCAACAAGAUUAUGAAUUUAAAAUAUCUUAGACUCACUCAUGUAUAUACUUAUCAUGACCUUGAAAGCAUAGAUGUAAUGCAAUUUCAAAAUUUGGAAUAUUUGUCAAUUUCCAUGAAAAAUCUUGUUAAAGAUUGCAGAGAAGACUAUUUACAAAGAUUAUUUAACCAUGAUUCAAAUGUGAAGCUUCAAUUAAAGGAAUUAAAAUUUGAAAAUAUGAUUGUUAGACCCUCGGAUGCAACAUUGCUUGGUACAAAUAUAACACUCAAAAAAUUAACAAAGUUAGAGAUAAUAAAUUGCCAUGAAAUUUGGUGGCAAACAGAAGGAGAUUCGUCAAGAAGACAUCCACACGAGAAGACCUUUCUCGAAAUAUUAUGUUCAAAUACAAUUAAUGUACAAUGUAUAAACAUUAAUUGCUCUAAUGAAUUAUCUGACAACAGCUACCAAAUCGAGGCGUUAAAGAAUAUCAAAAACCUAACGAAGAUAGAGCUUUAUCUAAACUUUAAUUGGAAAAACCAUUUAACAAGAAACAAUACAAAUGUCUACUUUGAGAAAUUAUUUAUCGAUUUGAUUGAUCUGAUUCUAAAAUUUAAAUUAACUUUGUCGUCAUUACAAAUAAACUUCGAGAUUUCUGAGACAAAAAAUUUAAAUUGUACUAUCCCCUGCUGUCUAUCACGGAAGAAAUUACCAGCUGAAUUUUUCAAAAAGUUGGAGAAUUUUUCAAAUCUUGAGUUGCUUUCAAUUCCGAUUAAUGAAUCUCUUAUCACACAAAUAUACGACAUUACAUCAAAUUUAACCAAUCUUCGCGUGUUGGAUUUUUCUGCCAUCACAGAUAAGGAAUCGUCCAAAGGUAAAUGCCUUAUCAAUUCGGCAUAUUUUAAGGUUCCACUUUCUACAACCUACAAUAUUGGUGAUUUUAGCACUUUAUCAGGUAAUUUACCUUUCCAUUACAGAACGUUUGCUGAAGGAUUCAGAAAAUGUACACCGUCUUUACAAAUAGUACGGUUUCCUAAUGCCUUAUUUUACUGUGGUGAAAAAGUUGAAUUAUGGGAGAAUUUGGACUUGCAGUGUAUUACUGAUUGGUUAGGAAAAACAUAAAUAUAUAAAACUAAUGGUAAGAUCAUUCAAAAUAAAAUAUACAGAUCCCAGCUUCUUAGAUCUAUCUUCAUUGGUAGAGAUAAGAAAGUUAGAUACAGAACAAAGGUGGCGACUAAAUUUCAUGUGUAUUAAUCAAAAAAAAAAGAUAAAAAAAGGGCCAUCCACGCGACCCUUUAACCAUGCGGCACAGAAAGAUAACGUAUCUCAGAUAUUUCUAGAUAACCAUCGUACAUCAGUAGGUGACUAUCAUCAACAAAUUUCUAUACAUAUAC